AUGUUGGCCAACCGAGACGGAAACCGCAUUUAUUUCUGCGUUUACUUUCAGCAGGAACCUGUAGGCACCGCCGGCAACCCUCCCGUCUUCCACUGCGGCUUGUGGUUCGAGAAGACGCACAGUCGUGGCCUUGGUGAAUACUUCCACGUCCCGUUCUACGGACCUCGGCCUGUCAAUCGUCCUGACUACCACGAUGCUGACUGGCGCGACGGCGAUAAGUUGAUCGGCAGGAUCCUCCUCGGGAUACUGCCGGCCGGCGUCACGGCCCAACACGUCCACCAGGUUUGCCAGGGAAUGCCCGUGGCUGAUGUCGACGAGAACUGCUGUGACUGGACGCACCACGCUAUCGAAACCGUCCAAACCCGCAACUGGCUUCCUGGUCUUGGGAGGGGAACGAUGGAUUCGCAGCUCGAGCGUACGGGUGAUGGUAACUUUCAGCACCUCUCGCACGGUACUCUCGAUCCACCUCAGCUCGGUAUUUGUAUUGAUAACUUGAAUUAG